CGGAAACCCUAACUCCUUAUUCUGUCUUCUAUAAGAAAAGACAUUUGUAUCUUCCCUACGGUACGGAGAAACAUUCUAAAAGAUUCUUAAUAUUUGCCGUUUAGAACAUCUUCUACUGUACAGAGGCGGAUGGAUCCUCACCAAGGUCAUAACCAAAACCCAUCCAUGGGAGUUGGUGGCAGCGGAGCACAAUUCCCCUAUGGUUCCAAUCCAUACCAGCCCAACCAAAUGACUAGCUCACCUGGGAUGGUUGUUCCACCAAUUGGGACCAUUCAAUCCACUGGUCAGCCUGCUACAGCUCAAUUGGGCCAACAUCAACUGGCUUAUCAACAUAUUCAUCAACAACAACAGCAGCAACAGCAGAUGCAACUUCAGCAACAACUUCAGUCCUUUUGGGCUAACCAAUACCAAGAAAUUGAGAAGGUAACAGAUUUCAAGAACCACAGCCUUCCCCUGGCAAGGAUCAAGAAGAUCAUGAAGGCUGAUGAGGAUGUCAGGAUGAUAUCGGCCGAGGCGCCGGUCAUAUUUGCGAGGGCAUGCGAAAUGUUCAUACUGGAGUUGACAUUGCGAUCAUGGAAUCACACUGAAGAGAACAAGAGGAGGACUCUUCAAAAGAAUGACAUUGCUGCUGCAAUUACAAGAACCGAUAUCUUCGAUUUCUUGGUUGACAUUGUGCCCAGGGAGGAUCUGAAAGAUGAAGUGCUUACGUCAGUGCCAGGAGGAACAAUGGCUGUUCCAGGGCCAGCUGAUUCUAUUCCUUACUGCUAUAUGCCGCCACAGCAUGCACAAGUUGGAGCUGCAGGAGUCAUGAUGGGUAAUCCUGCAAUGGACCCCAAUUUAUAUGCUCAGCAGCCUCAUCCCUACAUCGCACCGCAAAUGUGGCCACAGCCACCAGAGCAACAACAGUCGCCUUCGGAUCAUUGAGGCGCAAACUCUCUUUCUCUCACUUCACUUAGUUGUAUAGGCUCUCUGCUUUCAACUUCACAUUUUACUGCUCUUUUCAUCAGUACGCUAU